GCCAUUUUGGCCGGCUGUGCUCUGGGCGGCGGGAGGAAGGCGGGCGCUGUGACCGCCGCCGCCAUUUUGUCGCGGGUGCUCGAGUGCGGCGGGAGCGGGCGGCGGAGCUCAGCCCCGGCCCCACAGCCGCUAGCAGCCAGCAGGCAGCCCCACCGGAGACCUGGCGACCGUCUGCUUCGAUUCUGUUGAUCUGAAGAUGGCUGCACAGUCAGCACCGAAGGUUGUGCUAAAGAGCACCACCAAGAUGUCUCUGAACGAGCGGUGAGGAAGCCAACAGCAGCUUCAGCUCAUAAGAAAAUUUGUAUUUAAUUAUCACUGUCCGGUGUCCAAAAAGCCAACGUGGUUUCUGCCCUCUUUUAACCUCACUAAAACGAGCAGAUGGCAUUGCACCUCUGUCUUAACCUGCAACAGAUGUGGUACAGAAGGUUAAAAGGGCAAUUGUUUCGGAGCAAUUUGUCCAUAGCAGUUAAAAUUAAGCCAUUCGACACGUAAAUGUGGCGGGAUGUGUUGUACCAAAAGAGAGAAACCCCACGCCCUCCCUUUUUCUUCCACAUGUUUUUACAUUUAUCUAGUUGAUGCUGCAGUAUGGUAACAUGUUACCAAAGCUGCAGCAGGCUUGCUGCUUUGUCCGAGGCUGACACACGUGCAUGUGGUCUGGCCUGUAAGAGGCAUGCAGCAGGCUGCUACACCAGCCCAAAGGCCCUCUAACAACGUUUUGGGCCUUGUAAGAGGCAAACGCUUUGCUUCAUCUCCAUCUCUCUUUUCUCAGUGCUGAUUUCUUUCCCUUUCUGUUGAGUAUUCUCCUGUUGUUUUUUUUUUUUCCAUGCCAUCAAGCUUUUGCAGUUCUGCAGUGCCAACUAACAGCGAUGCUGCGGUUACAUUUUGCUUCCUUGCUAAUUGCUCUUGGUUUAACGAUGUUGGUAUCGCUGAGGAAGGAUAGAGCUGUUGGUGUGCAGUUCCUGCUCUGGCACGAGCUGACCUGAGCCCAUGGUUGGAGCUUCUUCCAGAGAGGGCAGGUGCUGAGGUGCAGUGCUGGGAAGGCUGUUGGCCUGGUUGCUUGUGGUCAGUCCAAAUUCCUUAACCUGUAGGUGUUUUCCUGGGAUGCAAUAGGCAGCUGACGGGUUGCUGUUAACGAUGCUUACCAUCUUGCUGUGUGUUCUGCUCCAACGUGGCUCUUAAAGACAGGCCAGUCUUCAUGCACCACAGAUAGAACCAAGUGAGCACGCUCAGGUGGUGGCAGCAGUGCUGUGGUGAGGUAGAGGUCUAUCAGUCUCUUCCCAGGGUGAAGUUUUCUCUGAGCCGGUCUGAUGACGUGGAAUUUUAGGCAGAUUUCUCAGCUCUUGGAGGGCUGACGGAGCUUUUGCAGUCCAACUUCGCCCCGCUUCUCUGCGACGUCCUCUUCCAUCUGUCAUCAACAUCUCUGCUUCUCGCUUGUUUCCAUCCCUUCUUCCAUUUCUAAAAAUCAGUAACCUAAAGCUUUGAUCACUCCUGAAUUAAUAUACAGCAUCAUUCCUGAGUUUCCAGUUCUUGCACACUUGCGGCAAGCAAGGAAUAUGUAAUCACACAUGCCGUGACCUAAGUACCACUCUUUACAUAAAGGUUCACGGGAUCUGGAGAUCCAAUCUUGAGAACCAUGAAAUGCCAAUAAAUGUAUGUAAUAAAGCUUAAUUUAAACACCCGUUUUAUUCGACCUUGAAGCUUCACUAACAUGCUGAAGAACAAACAGCCGAUGCCAGUGAAUAUUCGGGCUACCAUGCAGCAGCAGCAGCAGCUGGCCAGUGCCAGAAACAGAAGACUGGCCCAGCAGAUGGAGAACAGACCUUCUGUGCAGGCUGCUCUGAAGCUGAAGCAGAAGAGCUUGAAGCAACGCCUCGGGAAAAGCAACAUCCAGGCACGGCUGGGCCGCCCCGCCGGACCCAUCGCCCGCGGAGCCAUGGGGGGAAGAGGACUUGCUAUGGGGCAGAGAGGUUUGCCACGAGGAGCCAUGCGUGGGGGCCGGGGAGGCAGAGCUCUGCUGAGAGGAGGGCUCCCACUGCGAGGUCAGGGCCUGCUGCGGGGAGGCCGAGGAAUGGCCCCCAGGAUGGGGCUGAGAAGAGGAGGGCUGCGGGGCCGCGGGGGGCCGGGCAGAGGCGCUAUGGGGCGUGGAGCCAUGGGGCGUGGAGGACUCGGCGGCAGAGGCCGUGGCAUGGCGGGCCGGGGAAGAGGCGGCUUCGGCGGCCGUGGCAGAGGCAGAGGACGGGGCAGAGGAUCAGCACGGCCCGCGCUGACCAAGGAGCAGCUGGACAACCAGUUGGAUGCUUACAUGUCGAAAACAAAAGGACACCUGGACGCCGAGCUGGACGCCUACAUGGCUCAGACAGACCCCGAAACGAACGACUGAAGGGUGUUUGCAGAGACUGCUGUGGAAGUCGGUGUGGAUUCCAUACCCAUAAGCUUAACAAACAAAAAAGGAAACCCCGAUUGACGCCGGAAGGACCCGGGGGAACGGGGAGCAGCCCUGUUCUACCGCAGAUCAGACUUCAGUAUGUUUUCCUUUCCUGUUUUGAUACUCUCUGUUGUGUGAAACCUUUUGGGAUUAUUUUUAUCUAUUAUUCCCUCCCCCCCCCCCCCCCCCCCCCAACUGUUCGGAUCUGACGGCUCUGCUGCCGUUCGUGCUAUGGGGCUGGCUGGCCGCGUGCCUGCAGGGCUCCACAGCAGCGUUUUGGGAUGGGAAACGUUCCCCCCCCCAACCCCCCCGCACACCCCCGGUGCUGUCGAACCCACCGAGCAGCGCUUGGCGGAGCACAGAGCCCAAAGCUCCGCCUCCGUGCCGUUCCUUACGGCGUAAGCAGCACCGGGUCGGCCCUCCCAUCCCACCGCCGCCGGGAGGUGAGGAGGGGGCUCCGCUCCCCCCAUCCCCACCUCCGCGGUUCUGUUGUGACCUCCUGGUUUCCAUGGAAUCCCCUCUUUCUGGUUCGUUGUAACAAAGGAGGAAUUACAAAAGCA